AUCAUUUCUCACAAUUUUGUUAAUGUGCUGGUACCGCGAUCGCGUGCAAGCUGCCGGAUCUGUCCACGAAGCCACAACAGCAGUUCAGCAACUCAACACUUUUCUAUAGAAGUUCUUAACACACAGUUGUAACGACGCAGCGCACGCAUAACCUCAUGGACAGGGCGAACUGGUGUGUGCAAUUCGCAUGCUCAUGUUGAAUAAUUUUUGGAACUGGUCGCACUAAAAUCAGGAAUGAUACGAUAAACGUGGGAAUUCUGCCAACCGAUGGCCAUUCCACACUGAUGUAAUCGAUGCCGUUCCGACAAGCUGAGUCAACCUGGCCGUCACUAAGAUAACCUGAAGGUUGUACCGUGUCACAUCCAUGGACAUUGGACUCGACCGACGAAACAAGCAACAGGCUGCGCUUGAUUGGCAUUUCAUAAAGGACUAAAGAAUCGAAUUUGUAGACCUGCUCCAUAAAACAGCAGUCCCACAAAAGAACAUGGCACAAAUGUUUGAUGUCCUUUUCUCAUCCUGACACAAGAUCACUGACAAUGAAAGUCCUUCGCCAAAGACAAUAUUUUUGAGCAUAACUAAAGAAGGGAGGUUUGUGUCGGUUAUACACCUCCCUACAGACACAACAGACAUUAUGGAUACGAAACACUCAUGUAGAAGUUCCCGUAUAUCAGCGCACUUGGAUGCUCCACCAACAUCUCACCUGAAGGCUUCUGAUGGUACACCAAGAGCAGCUGAGUCCCUUUCAGCAACAUUAACAACUACCGACGUAAACCCCGCGAUGUACCACAAUAGAAACUUCUCCAGCGAGUUUCUCAAGUACCACACAUCGGCAACAAACGCCCACAAACUGCGUCAACUGAGCGUCGGCGCCUCCGAUUUUAGUAGUGAAAAUGUCAGUAUCCGAGGACCCAAGGUCCCACAGGACUACCACUCCAGAUCAAUGAUCUUGGGAAGCGCCUUCACAAACCAAGAUUUGAACUGGAGACAAUCAUUUCGAGACAUGCCUAACGAACUUCUGUCUCCCAAAGCAGUAGCGGUGGAUCAAAGCAAGCAGUGGCCCAUUAACGUAACACCGAAGUUCGAAGACAAACACGUUGCAGAGUUUCACAUGUCUGGUGCAUGUAAUCAGAGCCUGCCAUCUACCGUUAAUCAACUUCAGAUGCGGGGCCGGCCAGAUAUGCAUCCUUACGCUAUGAAUGACGAUAGAUUUGCCUUCUCUGGCAUUACACAUGCUUCCUCUCUGGACUUAUCUUGUGGCAGACAUAGGGAGAGCGCCUUUUCCAGGCCUCACUCCCAUGCAGUGUCACCUGUUGCAUACAGUUCCCUUGAUAUGGAGAUUCGUCGCCUUCGAGGAAUGAUAACAAGAGUGGAGAUGCUUAGAGAAAAGUACAAAUAUCAGGAGGGAACACUGCAGUAUCCCAGGCCGCUUGUCGAGACAUACCCGCAAGAGGUUCAUAGUGGUCCCUUAUCGGCUGUUGAACGUAAUGGUUUGAUGCCUUGGUACAUGCAAGAUCAGAGGCAGCAAGUCACUUGCACAGAAAAUAGAUUCAUCCACUCAAGAGGUUCAGCCACUCCAUACCAGCAAGAUGCACCCCAUCUGUACGAGCAGAAACCUGACAAAAACGUAAAUGUUCAAAAGCAGCGGGUAAAUCGGCGGGCAAGGUCUGCGACUGUUUUGGAUAGGGAGUUUCAAAGAGCUUACCUUCACGAGACCCAAAAAGAUAUGAUGCCAAGAAUUGUGGACGUUCGGAGUUUAGCCCAUGGGGACGGGCAAGCUACAUACCCCGAGAAACCACAUAGGUUACACCCCGAAAUUUCUCAACCAAAAGUGCCAUGCAACCCCAAACAUAGUAUGAGACUGUCCACCGAUUCCAGAAAUGAGACAGAAAGCGUGGAGUCCCUGGAUAGCGGUGUUGAAUGUAUGUCUUCACCCACUGACAUCCAGGCUCAACGAAGCUUAGUAUAUGGGUAUGGCCGGCUCAGACAGAUGGAAGAUAUGUAUGUUAAAGAAGAGCCUAUAAGCAAACUAGACUCUCACCAGCCGUUGCAUUAUCAGUCCUCUUUCAAUCCUAGGUACCCGUGUACAUCACAUGGCGCUCUGUACCAUGAACAAAGCUCCGACUCGCCGUCAUCACCACUGUCAACUGCAAAAAACACAAAGAAGCGGGUUAUUCAAGACAACGUAGUUCAGGCUAUGGCCAAGAAGCCCAAAAGUGGAGUCAGCGACUUGGGCGCUGAUGACAACAUUUCCAAACCCAUAUCAAAUAGGACCCAUAUUCCCUGCUCUGUGGCUUGGGAAGAAAAUGACCGUGCUCUCGAUCUAAGAUUGAAGAAGCGGCACACUCCUGACAGGGAUGAUCCGAACGACUCAACAAGAAACUGUCAGAUGCAGACUCAUUCAAAUCCUGGAAAUAUCGCAGAGAACGGUGCAAUAAGACUCUCCAUGCGGUCUGAUACAGGCGUAGUGGUACCUUCGAAAAUUUCUCAGGCAGUGGAGCUCUGUGCCGACAGCUGUCCUGGAAUUCUUCACCAUCACGGGACAGCCACAUCUACGGAAGACUUGGUCGCUCUGUCUGUAAAGCUGGCAAAUGAGGUUCCCCGAGGAAAGGGAGGUAAGGAGCCCUCGGGGAACAUGACUCGAAAUCAUCAGCUAGAAACAAGAGGACGUUUUAUCUCCAAGCUUAUGGAGAGAGCUGAGGGCAUGUUGUUUGAAGGACCAGAUUCAGCUCGUAGCACCAAGGAAAACGAAACUCGUGCCCAAGUACAAACCACGGUAUCUACCUCUGAUAGCACAGAGUUGAAGAACGCGACCUCGAAGUCACUUUCUGGGAAUGCCAUGCAGGAAAGAAUCUGUACCAGUACUGCGCGAGCAGAACACUCGAGCAAAAAGCCCAACUCAACUGAGCCAGAUCCCACAACGAGGGUUCCUGGGACUAAUAACCCAUUAUACAUUGACAUAAUGGUGAACGAGGCUUUUCGCGUUUUUAAGUCUCCACCUUCCGAUGAGGAAAUUGAAAAGCAGGACACUUCCAUCUCAUUUGAUUCUCCAGGCGAGAAAAAGGAGAGGUCUAUGUGCAACUCUCCACGUCCGUCAGUUAUUAGGCAUAAUGGGACUGACUCCUUCAACAUCCCUGCUGCGGCUUCACUUCUGAGUGAUCCCACAAAUAUCGAUAAAGUAGCAAGCACAUCCGUUGUCAGCGAACCCACUAAAGACAAGUCAGGCCCGUGUUUGGAGAAGCCACGUAAUUCGACGCCCCGACACAUUCAAACGUCUGAACCUCAGCCCGCGCAAACCUACACACAACAGCCCACUCAAACUGCUACGCUACAAAAUGCUCCAAACUCUACACCACAUUCCACUCAAAACUGUACACCACAUCCCACCAAAAACUCUGCACCGCAACCCAACCAGAAUUCCACCACCACUCCCCUACCACAGCGUUCGCCUACUGUAAAAGUCAAGCUCUCGGAUGUUCGAGUAACGGUCCGUCCGCUGCAACCGAUUGCGCCAAAACCUGUCAUCCAACUAGGCUCGCCCAUCCAUAUCCAGGCAGUCCCCAGGGUCUUCGCUGAAGGUUUAACCAAAGUUCCACCCACAAAUCAACAGAGCAAAUCGAGUACAGCCGAUGAUCUAAGGGACUCUUCGUCAGAGUCGACUUGCUUUGCUCCCAAUUUUCUCAUCCCCACAGAAGACGGGUUCCGGCGCAUGCAGAAAGUGGACGGUAAGACUCAGGAGAUAUACCGGGUGACAGUGCAGUCACAGGAGGGUGUGCAGGCGCCAAUUUCCCGCAAGCAGUUCCAGAAGGUCUAUAGUGUGUACUACCGUGAAAUGACUUUCCCCUGCGUGCUGCGCACCGACGUGCCCUUUGUACCCACCCUGCUUCUGGUGCAAGACCUAUUUCCUGGGAUCAAGGCGUCCGAAGUCUGCAAAGCGAUGCAGCACUGCAACAUACUCAACCGUUACAUGAUACGCCACGAGCAGGAGGCCCUUCAGGAGCCGCUGAGGAGACGAGGCAUCACCAGCUGCAAAUUGCUGCCCCUGGAUGAGUUCCAUGAUAAGUGGGAGGAGAUACUGCACCACAUACCAAACACGCAAACCUUAGGAGCUCAGAACGAAGAAAUCAGCAGAAAGACUUAAGGUUCAACUACCAAGACGAAAGUAGAGUUUUUGUGGAAAGAGGUUUGUUCCACCAGAUCGCAAUAGAAAGUUAACACUAAUUAUCCGACUCCCUCAUGCCGUUAGUGAACGAGGCCUUUACAGUAAAUGCCAAUAUUCAAACCGUUAUUGACAUGCAUGCGACUAUUUACAAUGCUAAUAAAGGAAGAUUAAAGUCAGUAACUCAUUGAAUAAAGCAAACUUGAUGGCUACAAAGUUGGCAGGAAAUUUCUAACAGGAAACAAACCGAGGGGAAAAAAGCACUGAAACCAAGGACAUCCUUUGUACCGUCCUUUCCCUUACUCUACGCAAGCCGGCUCACCGACUUCUUUUCAUUCCUUCUUUUGUGUCGUUAAAGCUGCAUAAUGGUGCUGAAGCUGUCCGGUGUGUCAGGUAUCUAUUAUGUAUCGUCGCCAGGCUUCGUAUGGUUGCAUUUUGCUAUAAAGACCUCGUUUUACACCGGUGGGUAGUCGGAUCGGGUAUACUCAAACACCUCGGUCACACGUCUACAGGCACAACAAAAUGCAACAGAGCAACAUGAAUCCAUUUAAUACAAUUCCUCAAUGCCAUUAACUUCUGUGAAAAUACAGACAGCUUUCCAGCCUCAUUUAUUGUUACAAAGUAUUUUAUUUUUUAGUCUGGUUCAAAAUAUUUGCCUCAUCUCAAUUUUGCAAAAUUCUUUGGACAGGUUGUAAAUUGAUGAAAGGUUAAUGUGAGAAACCGGCACUGUAUUCGAUUCUGCAGUAAUCAAAACGAGGAAGCCAUUCUUAACCUUGUUCAUCGAAUCUGUCAUAAAUUGUUAACGGUUAAACGGAACAGUAUCAGACUGUUUUACAAUUCAUGUGAGUUCUAAACCUUCCUCUCGAUUUUUCCAAAUCUGGCGCAAAGCACUAUAAAUAUGUGUUUGCGCAAAUAUGAAACUAUUCAUCAGAGUAGACGGGUACUAAUUUGAUAGGAAGUUUCAUUGAUUUUUUUUAUUGAUGCUUUCAAGUUUAAAAAUGAAGAAUUUCAAUAUGGCUGAAUUUGGAAUAAAGUCCAUUAACGUUGGUGUUACUGGCCACUUUUUCACAUCAGAGAUUCGAUGCCUUGCUGGCUGGUGACUACAUCAGCCAGAAAGAAUCUGUCACCAGCCAGCAAGAUUCAGCCACCAAGAUUCAGUCAUCGAAACUGACAACAUGUUCACCUCUCAUUGACUCGGGAAACGGAUGCCAAAUGUUAAUUAAACAGCCCAUGACUUGAAUUAUUCCUUGGGAACUUCCCUUUUAGUUGGUAACUUUCUGCUUCCCUCAAUCGAAAGCUAUUUGACAUACCUUUUUGUGAUGUCAUUUCACGAAGCCCAUGUUCAUUUGAAGGUUUUUAAUCCCAAAUGUGAACCAGAAACUGGCUCGUUGAAAAUAUUUGUGAUAAAACGUUGCGCACUAUACUGUACUCAAACGGCAAUGACUCAACAAGGAAAAGAACAUUUUAAUACGGCAAGGUCCAAAAUUCUGGAAAUUCUUGGUGCUGAAAUAGCUUCAUGAUUCAGAUUUCUUCCUGAAACGACAUCAUGUUUAAGCUUAAAAAUAUGCAAAUCUGCAUUGGUAUAAAACAGAAAAGGAACCGAUAAUGCCCAAUAACGGCAAUAUGAAAAUUUCAAAUUAGGUUUAAUGAAAUACAAAGGUGCAUUUACAAGGACAUGCACUAUAUUAAACGUUGUACUAAAUGGACCGUUUAUUAAU